UCUAAUGGUUAAUAUGUAAAUAUGAAACCGUCAAAGACUUCCUGCACUUCUGUCUUAUGAUUAAGUGAGUAGUUGUGUGGUCAGUGAGAUCUCUUUGAGGAAAUCAGGAUUGUUCCAUCCUUAUGCUCCACGGCUUGCAUACUUAUAUGGAAAACUGAGUGAGAGAACAGCUUUGCAGUGAAAAAAGGCAAGAAUGAGAAAAUAUGUUCUGCAAUUAUGAAUGGUAAUUCGGCUGGGGGCCACCCCAGUAAGCCUGAGCUUGCUUUCUAUCCAGGUUUAUGCUGCUGCUUCAGAGAAGGAAACAUCCAAAAAAGAGUUGCUGAAAAUUGAUGAGCUGUCACUCUACUCCUCUCCAGCUCGUGAGACUAAAUAUGUGGAGAAUCCACAAACCCAAUUGGAGGAGGGGGUUUCACAGUUACGGCAUGCUAUGGAGCCAUACACAGCCUGGUGUCAGGAUCUUUAUGCCAAAGCUAUGCCCAAAUUAGAAAAAGCUGUUGAGCAUGGUAGAGAGGGCUGUGAAUUUCUGCAAAACCCCCCUGCUGGAUUUUAUCCAAGGCUCGGUGUGAUAGGUUUUGCUGGAAUUCUUGGAUUGUUUCUUGCCAGAGGAUCAAAAAUAAAGAAGUUGGUGUAUCCUGCAGGUUUCAUGAGUAUUGGUGCUUCCAUGUAUUAUCCUCAACAAGCAGUUGCUAUUGCAAAGGUUGCUGGUACCCAUCUGUAUGACUGGAGUCUUCAGGGAUAUAUUGCUGUAGAAUCUCUUUGGAAGGAUAAUUCUAAAAAAAAGAAAUCUGGGAAAAAAGGUGAUAAGGGUGAAGUGGAGGGUGACAAGCCCUUGGAAAUCCACACUGCUUCAAAUGAAGAGCGAGCCUUGAAGUAGAACAUUGGAUCACUUGAUGUCAAACAGUUGUGCCCUACUUUUGACUUCAGGCGAAUAAAAAUAUAGAUAGAAGCAAUGAUUUCCCAGGAAAAAGAGGAUAACCAUCGGAACCCAUUUUGAUUUUGAAUGUGACUAAUCUGCCUUCUGCCUCAGGAAAGACUGUCAAUGUGCUGCUUGGGCUUCUGGGAUGGCGUUUGUAAAAGGACACUGUAUUUUGGGUCAAUCUUGAGACCUUGUCUUCUGUUCUGCAGUGGGAGUUAAGUUUGCCACACUUGUCCUGUUGCAGGAUCAGCACUGCAAGUAGCAAGUCUCAAAAUUCCUCAGUCUUGUUAUUAUUUAUGUAUAAAAUAAAAUUCCUAUUACAUAAAAUGGUUAUGAUUUCUUUUCCUGUGUUCUUUAAGCUCGUAUAUCUGACCUUGGUAUGAUCUAGGAAAGGUUCUUAAGAUGCUUUUGACAAUGCCAGUACAUCUAACAGUGAGGAAAAAAAGCUUGAAGUAGCACAGUGUUUUGGUUGACAUUAGGUAAUGGAAUUAUGCAUUACAGCAAUUACAAUGAAUCUUGUGUUUUGUCUGAGUCUCCCUCUCCUUUCUAUACAAAUCUUCUGCCUCACCAGUGCCAGUGGGAGGUAUAUAAUGAAGCAUCUGUGAAUUCCUGUCUAGUAGACGGGUGGGAAUGGAGCUGUUAAUGUUUGUUCUUGUUUUUGCUUGAAUGCACAGCUCAAUGGGAAUGAGAAUAUUAUGGUGGUGAGAACACGCUAUAGAAUGACUUGUCUGUUUCCUCAUUCUGGGCUAGGGAAGGAAAGAAAAAGCGAACAUUUUGAAAUCUUUUCACAAUAAAACCAU